AAGUUAUACGGCAAACUAGGAAUCGAAACAGUGGACCAUCGAAAGUGCCGCAUCCCAAUGAUGGAAUCCGAGGUAGAUUCCGAGCGAAGCCAGUUGAAGCGGGAGAUCGCCGAGCUGCGCGCAGCGCUCAACCGGAAGGAGCAGUGCCUCCGGGAAUUGGAGGCCUCUGUUUACAGCCACGCUAGCGCAGACCAGCAGGUCGUCGGAAAUGCUCUGGAAUCUCCUGGACGUGCUGUCCACACCAAGUUGACUAAUGACGAUAUUGCACGAUACAGCCGCCAGCUUAUACUGCCCGACUUCGGAGUCCAGGGACAACUAAAGCUGAAGAACAGCUCUGUGCUGAUUGUGGGCCUGGGCGGAUUAGGAUGUCCGGCGGCGCAAUACUUGGCGGCAGCCGGAUGCGGACGCUUGGGACUCAUAGACUAUGACGAGGUGGAGCGGAGCAACUUUCACCGCCAGAUCCUGCACUCCGAGGACCGGUGCGGUAUGUCUAAGGCUGAGUCGGCGAGGAUAGCGCUGCUCGAACUGAAUCCGCACUGCGAGAUCCAUUGCCAUUCCAGGCUGCUGUACAGCCAGAACGCCUUGCACAUCAUCCGUGGCUACGACGUGGUCCUGGACUGCAGCGACAAUGUGCCCACCCGUUAUCUACUCAGCGAUGCCUGCGUCAUGCUGAGGAAACCCCUCGUCUCCGGCAGUGCACUCAAGAUGGACGGUCAGCUCACUGUUUACAACUACGCUAAUGGACCUUGCUACCGGUGUAUCUACCCAGUGCCUCCGCCACCGGAAGCAGUCACCAACUGCGGAGAUGGCGGCGUACUGGGUGCUGUCACGGGCACAAUUGGUGCUAUGCAGGCACUGGAGGCCAUCAAGGUGAUUGUGGGACUGGGCGAUGUCCUCGCCGGACGCCUCCUCAUCUUCGAUGGCAGUAGCAGCUUGUUUCGGAAUAUUCGCAUACGCAGCAAGCGGCCCAACUGCCAUGUGUGCUCCGCCCAGCCGCUGAUCACGGAGCUGAUCGACUACGAAAUGUUCUGCGGCAUGCAUGCAACCGACAAGGACAAUCCCUUGCAACUGUUGUCGUCGGAUGAGCGUUUGUCCGUGACGGACUACCAGGCGAAGCUCCAGGCUCAACCACAUUUGCUUAUCGAUGUGCGGCCAACGGCGGAAUUCGAGAUUUGCCAGCUGCCCGAGGCUGUGAACGUGCCACUAGUGGAGAUCCUAGACGACAGCUAUCUCAAGCGGUUUGGCAAGCAGUUGGAGGAUAAGGAACUGCCCAUCAUCCUGCUCUGCCGUCGUGGAAAUGAUUCCCAGAUCGCCGUUCAGCAUGUGCGCAAUCGAUUCCCCAUGCAUUCCGUUCGAGACCUCAUUGGCGGACUGCACGCCUGGACGAACAGCGUAGACCCCAGUUUUCCCAUAUACUAAUCCGACGAAAGUUCUACGUAGACAUAUAUGUUGAUUUAUUCUUGUUUUCUCCUGCGUUGCAUUGGCUUUUUUUUGUAUUUACCUAAGUUCUACGUCUGUCUUGUUAUCACAAAUACCAAGCUG